AUGGCGCCCAGCUCGAAAUCGGAGCGGAAUAGCGGGGCCGGGAGCGGCGGCGGCGGCCCUGGGGGCGCCGGAGGGAAGCGGGCAGCGGGGCGGCGGCGGGAGCACGUCCUCAAGCAGCUGGAGCGGGUCAAGAUCAGUGGGCAGCUCUCGCCUCGCCUCUUCCGGAAGCUGCCGCCCAGGGUCUGCGUCUCGCUCAAGAACAUUGUGGACGAGGACUUUCUCUACGCAGGACACAUCUUCCUGGGCUUUUCUAAGUGCGGCCGUUACGUUCUUUCGUACACCAGCAGCAGCGGGGAUGAUGACUUCUCCUUCUACAUCUACCAUCUGUACUGGUGGGAGUUCAACGUCCACAGCAAACUCAAGCUGGUCCGGCAGGUGCGGCUCUUCCAGGACGAGGAGAUCUACAGUGACCUGUACUUGACCGUGUGCGAGUGGCCCAGCGAUGCCUCCAAGGUCAUCGUCUUUGGCUUCAACACCCGCUCGGCCAACGGGAUGCUCAUGAACAUGAUGAUGAUGAGUGACGAGAACCACCGAGACAUCUACAUCAGCACUGUGGCCGUGCCACCGCCAGGCCGCUGCGCCGCGUGCCGGGAAGCCAGCCGGGCCCAUCCAGGCGACCCGAGCGCUCAGUGCCUGCGGCACGGCUUCAUGCUGCACACCAAGUACCAGGUGGUCUACCCCUUCCCCACCUUCCAGCCCGCCUUCCAGCUCAAGAAGGACCAGGUGGUGCUGCUCAACACCAGCUACUCUCUGGUGGCCUGCGCCGUCUCAGUCCACUCGGCAGGCGAGAGCAGCUUCUGCCAAAUCCUGUAUGACCACACCACCUGCCCCCCCCCCCCCCCCCCCCCCCCCCCGCCCCCCGGCCCCCCGGGGCCCCCCCCCCCCCCCCCCCCCCCCGCCCUCCCCAGCCCCUGCCCUGAAGUGGCCCCCGCCCGGCCCCCCGGGGCCCCCGAGCCCUCGCCCGCCGUCGCCAAAGCCAAGGAGUUUGUGGCCGACAUCUUCCGUAGGGCUAGAGAGGCAAGGGGGGGGGCCUUGGAGGAAGCCCGGCCGCCCCCCUGCCCGGGGCCGUCGGGCAGCCGCUGCCGUCUGCCCUCGGAGCCCCUGGCCCCAGGCGGGGAGGUGGCACCCCGAGACAGCCCCCCUGCAGCCGAGGCGCCCGCCCCAGAGCCUGGCUACGUCAACUACACCAAGCUGUACUACGUGCUGGGCUCCAGCGAAGGGACGGAGCCGGAGGACGAGUUCGAGGAUGACAAGAUCUCCUUGCCCUUUGUGGUGACUGAUCUCCGUGGCCGUAACCUGCGGCCCAUGCGGGAGCAGGCUGCCGUCCAGGGUCAGUACCUGACGGUGGAGCAGCUCACACUGGACUUUGAAUACGUCAUCAAUGAGGUCAUCCGCCACGAUGCCACCUGGGCCCACCAGUUUUGUUCCUUCAGUGACUAUGACAUUGUCAUCCUGGAGGUCUGCCCGGAAACCAACCAGGUCCUCAUCAACAUCGGCCUGCUGCUCCUGGCAUUCCCGUCCCCCACCGAGGAGGGCCAGCUCCGACCAAAGACCUAUCACACCAGCCUCAAGGUGGCAUGGGACCUCAACACGGGCAUCUUCGUGACAGUCAGUGUCGGCGACCUCACCGAGGUCAAGGGGCAGACCAGCGGCAGCGUCUGGAGCUCAUACCGCAAGAGCUGCGUGGACAUGGUCAUGAAGUGGCUAGUGCCCGAGAGCAGCGGCCGCUACGUCAAUAGGAUGACCAACGAGGCGCUGCACAAAGGGUGCUCACUGAAGGUUCUGGCAGACAGUGAGCGAUACACAUGGAUUGUGCUGUGAGGGCCCGGCCGUUCUGGACACUGACUCCAACUACCUCCGUGGCCUGGGAGCCGGCCGCCUUCCUGGCAGCCUCUCCCCGGCUGGCUGGCCGACCGAUGACCGGCCGCCUGACGUGACCGACCGACGGGCCGGCACUCAUGUUAGGCUGCGGGGAAGGGGGCUGGGCGGGGCAGCCCCUGGUGGCCUGAGAGUCCGGACGCUUCUUAUUUAUGCCUAUUUAAGUUGGGAAGGGGCAGAGGGAGGGAGCCCCCUGCCCCACCAGCCUCAAGCGCCCACCUUCACCCUGCGCUGGGCACAGGCCCUUGCUCUCUGUGCAUCUGCCCCUUUCCUUGGCUACGGGUGUGGACAUUGCCCCCCAGGGAGGCCGAAUGGACCCCCUUCCCCUGCCUGCCCCAGCCUCCCCCCACCCGAGGGGGCAGACCUCGUGGCCAUCCCCUCCCCCCGCCCGUCAUUCCUCUUCAUGUAAUAAAUGUUUUAUUUCUGAA